AUGUUGACUUCACUCAAAAACUCGACUAACUUUUUCACUUACUACGCCGAGCACUAUGAAGAGUAUUUCCCAGAGUUCCCAAGCUUUCAUGUGAACUUGCUGCAAUUGAUCCUCAUUUCAUUUAUCGUCUACUUUCUUUUGAAGAGAUUCGUCUUGGAAAAGAUUUUCAUUGACUAUGAGGGAAAAUGGGUUUUCGUGACGGGUUGCGAUUCGGGUUUUGGACGUUUGACUUCACUUUACUUGGCUGCAAAAGGUGUCAACGUUUUUGCUGGAUGUUAUACGGAAAAGGGUCAAGAAGAGCUACAACGAAAAGCUGACUGUCUCCGGAUGGGAAAGCUUUAUCCGAUUCGCCUUGAUAUAACUAAGGAUGAAUCAGUGGAUGCGGCCUAUAAAAGGAUUCGAGAGAUUCUCUCUGAUCAUAACGCUUCCCUAUGGGCCGUCAUCAAUAACGCGGGGAUUUUCUCGAUCUUUGGCCCGGAUGCUUGGUGUGGAAUCGAAGAGUACAAAAUGUCUCUGGAUGUGAACACACUCGGCGCUGUGCGUAUCUGCCACAAAUUCAUGCCACUUCUCAAGCACUCAAAGGGCCGAAUCGUGACAAUGGGCUCAUCAGCUGGACGUAUUCAUGGCCUCUUUGUUGGUCCUUAUGUAACAGCCAAAUUCGCCGUCGAAGCCUACAUGGAUUGUCUUCGAUUGGAGUUGAGACAAUUCGGAGUUUCGGUUCACAUCCUUGAACCAGGCGCUUUCAAAACCGAUCUCCUGUCAGAAGAGGCGCAAAAUAAAAGAAUCGAUACGAUUUGGGGGAAACUAACGGAAUCGGUACGAAUCGAGUAUGGAGAGACUUUCAAAGAGAAUUUUAAACAAGCAUGGCACACUGGAGUGUCGAUUGUCGCAAAUCCACACUUGGAAUGGGUUGUUGAGAACUAUUUCCAUGCACUCUUUUCGAGAUGGCCUAGACUCAGAUACUACACUGGUUGGGACGCAAUCUUUUGCUUCAUCCCAUUAAGCAUCUUUCCCACGUUUUUACAGGAUACAAUCUUGUCCGGAAUGUACGCUCUUCAACCAGGCCCUCAACUUGUUCCCGAAAUAUUACGUGUAAAUUCCAAAGAUGCU